UUUAUCUCGGCAAAAAUUCCCUGUUCGAUCAGUUUCUUCCUCUUCUUUCUGCUCCGGAAUUCCUUUGCUGGAAUUUAUUGAUUCUUGAUUCUCUGUAAACUCUGAAUUCCUUAAAUUUUGCUGCCAUUAGUUUGUUUCUCAUUUCUGUAAUGGUCAAAAUUACAUUCUGGAUGGCUUAUUAGUUGCAUUUCUGGAGCGUUACCCUUGCUGCCGUUUAGUGACGUUUGGGUUGAGUUGUUGGAUUGGAUCAAUUGGGUGCUAAGAGAAAAAGAAUAAAUUCAGCAUGAAAGCAGAGCGUGAAGAUUGUGUUUUCUCCAGCAAUGGCAAUGAAGCUACCGUCUAACAUUUGGAUUCAACGCCAGCAGUGCCCAUGUGGAGAUUGGAAAUGUUAUAUUAGAUACGAAAGUGAAGAUCAGGCUUCCGUAAGUGCCUUGAUCGUGAAGAGUGAGACAGUGCCAUCUCAAUUGUCAUCAGAAUCUGUUUUCACCCCCUAUGUUGGUCAAAUAUUCAAAAGUGAUGUUGAUGCAUUUGAAUACUACAGCAACUUUGCUCGGAAGAAUGGGUUCUCAAUUAGAAAAGCCCGUUCAACAGAAAGCCAAAAUCUAGGGGUUUAUAGACGAGAUUUUGUUUGUUAUCGGUCUGGAUAUAAUCAACCAAGGAAGAAGGUCAAUGUGGAACACCCUCGGGAGCGGAAAUCUGUAAGAUGUGGAUGUGAUGCUAAAUUGUAUUUGACCAAGGAAAUUGUAGAUGGUGUUAGUCAAUGGUAUGUGUCACAGUUUAGUAAUGUGCAUAAUCAUGAGUUGUUGGAAGAUGACCUGGUGCGUUUACUUCCAGCUUAUCGGAAAAUACCGGAGGCUGAUCAGGAACGCAUCCUAUUACUCUCCAAAGCUGGAUUUCCCGUGAACAGGAUUCUGAAGGUGUUGGAGUUAGAAAAGGGUGUACAACCUGGACAGCUGCCCUUUAUAGAGAAGGAUGUUAGGAACUUUAUUAGGACUUGUAAGAAAACUGUUGAAGAGAAUGAUGCUUUGCUGAAUGAGAAAAGAGAGAACGAAUUACUGGAACUUCUCGAGAUAUGCAAGGAUAUGGCCGAGAGGGAUUCAGAAUUUGUUUUUGAUUAUACUAGAGAUGAAAAUGGUAAGGUUGAAAAUAUAUCAUGGGCAUAUGGUGAUCCUAUUCGUGCUUACUCCGUGUUCGGUGAUGUAGUUUCUUUUGACACUAGCUAUCGUUCUAUUACCUAUGGGUUACUCCUUGGAGUUUGGUUUAGCAUGAACAAUCAUGGAAAGCCAAUUAUACUCAGCUGCGUGCUGCUGCAGGAAGAAAACUCACACUCAUUUUCUUGGGCUCUACAGAAAUUUGUACAAUUCAUGAGAGGAAAGCAUCCACAGACAAUUGUAACUGACAUAGAUUCAGGGCUCAGAGAUGCCAUAUCAAAAGAACUGCCAAAUACUAAACAUGUUGUAUGUAUAUGGCAUAUUCUAUCUAAACUAUCAAGUUGGUUCUCGUUGCCCCUUGGAUUGCAAUAUGCAAACUUUAAAGUUCAGUUUGAUAUGUUGUGGCAUCUGGAGAAUAUAGCUGAUUUUGAGCAUCAAUGGGAUCUCUUGGUUGCACAAUUUGGUCUUGCUUCUGAUAAGCAUAUAGCUUUACUAUAUUUAUAUCGAGCAUCAUGGUCGUUUUCCUUUAUUAGAGGUUCCUUUCUGGCUCGUACAUUGACAGAUGAUUUCUUUCAAUCCUUAGAAGCGUUCUUGAAAAGAAUCUUGAGUGCACAGACAUGUUUGCAAAUAUUCUUUGAACAGGUCAGUAAUGCUGCGAACUCCGGAAUUCAAGCCAAAGAAGGUAUGCAGUAUUUACAUAUUAAGACGUGCAUGCCUAUAGAAGAGCAUGCACAGAGUAUUCUCACACCUUAUGCCUUCAAUGUGUUGCAAAAUGAAAUUGUGCUAUCCAUGCAAUAUGUUGCUACAGAAAUGGGAAAUGGUUCAUAUCUUUUGCAACAUUACGAGAAAAUGGAUGUUGAGCGUCUUGUUAGUUGGACACAAGAUGACAAGCAAGUCCACUGUUCCUGUAAAGAGUUUGAACAUUCAGGAAUAUUGUGCAGGCAUUCAAUUCGAGUACUUGUCAUGAAGAACUACUUUAAACUCCCAGAUAAAUACCUUUUACUUCGUUGGCGACUACAGAACUCUUUAGGUACUAUAUACAAUGCACAUUCUCAAGGCAGAAGCGAAGCUUGCGCCCAAGCCUUUCAUUCUCUUGCUGCAACUCUCUUGACAGAGUCCUUGAUAUCCCAUGAGCGUUUUAAUUAUGUUCAUAGAGAACUCUCAGGCCUCCUUGAGCAUGUCAGAACCAUGCCAGUGGUUGACGAGUUUUCUAUGAAUAUGAUGACGGUAAACGAGGUUAACGAUCCAUAGAUAUUGUGAUCUCACCUCACCUUAUGUGUCUAUUUAAGUUUUCCAUUUCAAGAACUCAAAGAUCUCGAGGAAGGAAAUUGAGUACAGAAUCCAGUGAACUCAUCAAUUUUCUCAUUUCAACACCACCUAUCAGAAAAAGUGGGAUUCUUUAUGAAAAUCCCUGAAGCAUCUGUUGCUUCGUUAGAGUUGUAUUCUUUACAAUGACUCUCAAAAAUGGAUACGCUAAAAGGAAAUAUUACUCUUUUUUUCUUCUUGUAAAAAUUGGAGAAAUAUUGUAAAAAGUGAACUGGAAAGUUGUCUUUCCUGUUUUAUCCAUCAAUUUGCUUCUAGUUUCAGUUGCCUUUGUAUAACUAGCUAUGAAUAAUAUCCACAACUCUUGAUUCAUCAUUCUA